AUGGGAAGUACUGCAGGAGGUGGGGAUGAUGAGGAGGCGAAGCUGUUGGGGACAGUGUGGAGUCCUUUUGUAAGGAAGGUGGAAUGGGUUUUGAGGCUGAAGGGAGUGAAGUAUGAAUUUGUGGAAGAAGAUCCGAGGAACAAGAGCUCUCUGCUCCUCACCCACAACCCUAUCCACAAGAAAGUCCCUGUGUUUUUUCACAAUGGCAAACCCAUUGUUGAGUCCCUCAUCAUCAUCCAAUACAUUGAUGAGACCUGGACACACAACCCUUUGCUCCCACGGGACCCUCUCCAAAAAGCCACUGCACUCUUUUGGGCCAAGUUUGCUGAAGAAAAGUUGGGCGAGGUUGCGGGGAAAAUCUUGCAUAGCAAGGAAGAGCAGCAAGAGGAGGCAGUGACGCAAGCAAAGCAUGCAUUAGAGAUUCUUGAAGGAGAGCUCAAGGGCAAGAAGUUCUUUGGGGGCAGCACAAUAGGGUUAGUGGACAUGGUGUUGGGUUGGAUGCCUACUUGGCUGGAAGUUAUUGAGGCAGCUUCAUCUGUCAAAGUAUUUGACUCUGAAAAAUACCCUUUAAUAGACCAGUGGAUGAAAGCGUUUUCAGAAUUACCAAUCAUCAAAGAAUCUGAGGUACCAUCCAAGGAGGAGCUGUUGCCAACUUUCCGAAUCAUACGCCAAAUUCAUCUGCCUAAAGACAACAAUGGAGCCAUUGCUAACUCCCAAUAAGCUGGCGUGAUAUAUAUAUAUAUAUGGUAAUAGAGUGCAAAAUAUG